GAAGUGUUGCAGUUAUCGUUUGUAUGUUCAUCCUGUUGGUCAUCCUGGUCUUAGGAGGCCUGUAUUAUUACAAGUACAAACGACCAUCCUAUGGUCCUCUGGUGGAGAGCAGCGAUUACGGCACUUUAGGAAAUUUCAGCAAUCCGAUGUAUGACCCGUGACUUUAGAAUCUACGAUCUCAGAAGAACUGAAAGUGCUCCAAACUGAGCCAUUCUGACUCGAGUGUGUUAACAGUAUGUGACUGAGAGGUUCGGUGUGGGCAGGUUUAAUAUCUCAUUUAUGUUUACCUCUGGUUAAGUUGCAUACYUUCUUGUUUGUUGGAACAGCUCUGACUCGUGGAACAUCAGAUGUGAAAUAAAGGGCUUUAGAUUGUUCUUUUUUCAUGUACAGUGCCCUGAGUCAACGUAUGUUGUGACUUGGCGCUAUAUAAAUAAAACGAAUUGAAUUAUCAGCAAUAAUGUGAUCAAAGGUGCUGCCUAACCUAAACUAUAAAAACUAAAACCCUAAUCCUAACUGUGACACUAAAUUAUGAUUUAUUAAAAUCUUUUUAAAAAUGUCUAUGACGCUCCGAGGUGUCUUUUCAGUGUUUGGUCCUUAAAAAACAAGAAUAUCACAAACACAAAUUAAGAGAUGCUUUCUGAUCAUGGAUAAUCCUUUUUUCUUUCAGGUUAUAAACAGACCUGGAACAGAAUUUAUUUUAAUUUUUAUUUUAUUUUAUUUGUCCUCCACUACACAAUUCAAGAUCUUAAACUGUUUUAUUUUUCUAAAGAAGUAGAAGUAUCAUACAUAAUGAAUUUGUUUUAUAAUGUAAAAUGUAUUUUUUAAACAGUGAAAGGAAGUUUAAGAAUGAAGAAUUAAAUUUUUAAAGUCCUUUUCUGUCAGAACAGCUGGAAAAUGCAGGUAAAUUAAAGACGUACCUGCUUUUAGAUGGUGGUGAUCACUUAGUUCUUUUGAUUGUAAUGGUUCAGUAAAAUUAAAUGUACUGUUUCAGUUUUUAUCAGGACUUGGUGGGACUCAUGAUGACGGAGGUCCCCAUUAGUUGGACUUUGGUCAACGCCCAACGUCCUCAUUAAGCAUAAAAACAAGAACACACACACACACACACACCUCAGUUGUACAAAGGCAGCCUGGUUGAAGUUAAUUAUUUUACUUUCUGGUUUUAAACAAACCUAAAACCAUUUAUAAUAGAUCUUGACUUGAAGAUCUUGAAUUAUAAUUUCUGUUUAAAGAAUAAAUAAACAGUAACCCUGUGUGAUGACUGCAUCAGUGGUUUGGUUUUGCAGCUCAGCAGAGCAGUUGUGAUGGUUUUAAUUUCUUUUUGUCUGUGUUUGAGUCUGUGAAAAGAAUAAUUUAGUUCUAAUUUUAUUUCAUUUUCUAAGUUUUGUGUGUGAUUAAAUCAUUUGUGUAAUAAAACUGAUGGUUUAGACUUAUUUAAAAAUAUUUAAAAAUGGUAUUCUGAAGAAUUUUUGUUCGUAGUGUACAUUUCUGAAUGGACUUUCAAGGUUUUUAUAAAAUAAAAAUACAUUUGUUAAUGAUGA